AACAUUGCUCUAGGUGUGAAGCAACUAUGUACACUUAUCAUAAUUGGUUUAGCAGCCAUUUGAAGCAUACAGUGCAAUUUUUGCGGGAUAAAUGUUGCUCAGUCAUCCUCUCAUCAUUCAUAAUAUAAACUGAGCAAAGUCCAGAAACAAAAAAUCGUGUGAUGUUUAUUAUUUUACGGAUAGAGAUAAGUAUAGCAUGUAGAGACAGUUGUAAGGUGAAGAAGUGAAUAUGAUGACUUGUAAUUUUUGUUUUAAACCACAAACAUAAUUAUUAUAGAUUGUUAUUCAGAAAUGACUUUAUAUAUGUUUUGUUAUUAUGACGAUAACAAAACAAACAAUUUUUAUGUCAUUAAAAUUUUGAGUAAAAAUUUUGAUUUUUUAAUUAAAUAAAGAAUUAUUUUUAACAAAAUGGAGGAAGAAUGUCUUUUGGAGGAUACAGAUUUUAUAAUUCAAGAAGAUCAGAGGGCAAUGCGACAAAAUUACGAUCAACAACAAAAUAUGACAAGAGAAGAAUAUGAAGCUGCUUUCGGUCAAAAUCAUCCCCAAGAAUCAAUUCUCGAAUGGUUUGACCGCUCUGUCGAAGGAGAGUUAGAAAAACACCGCAACAAUACAAGUUUUGGAGGAGAAAACCUCUUGUUAAGUCAAGGAUUAGCUCAUCAUCAUGUUAUUGAAGGAGGUGCUAGUGGUGUGGAGAUAAUGAGCGAUUUAACUUCCACGGUAGACACAGAAUUAUCUGAUGCAGUUCUGAAGUUUGCAAAAGCCGAAGCAAUCGUAGCAUUUGAAGGCGCUGUGCGUGCAGCAGAAAGAGCAGCAGCUGAAGCUCCUCCAGAAUUAGCUGAAGAGGCGGCUGCUGCAGGUGCGCGAGGAUAUCAAGCUGAAUUAACAGGAGUGGUUAGAGAUAAGGUCCCAGGGGAUAGACCAAUCGAAGUAAUUGGAUAUGUUGGUAUUACAAAACCGAAAAAUCCGCGCCAAUCAAAAAGAUAAAUUGAAUUAAUGCGGUUUAGAUUUCGUGUGGAUAAAUUAAUGUUGUAUUGUAAGAAAUCUGAUUGUUUUUGUGCGUUUUUGUGCUCGAUUUCUCUUUUUUUCGAACCGCUAGAACAAAAAAUAGAUCUAUUAUAGUAGAAAAGUUUCACUCCUAAUAAUUAGAGAUGAACGGCGAGCGGAUAUGUGUGUAGAAACAUGUAAACAUGCAGGGAACACACCUAAGGCUAGAGCGAAUGAGAAUGUAAGAAACAUAAGAAGCAUAAGGAAGGUAACGAGUGUAACGACUACCAAUGAAACGAAGACAUUCCAACCGACAAAUUGUACGCGCGGAAAUUGUAAACUAAAUUCCAGCGGUAGUACUCAUUGUGGCUUCUUGAGGACGCUGGUGUUGUGGGAGUCUCUUCUUGUUGCCAAUUACUUUGAAUUUUUAAAGAUUAACAAGUUUUAUAAAGUAAUUUGAACUUAUUUUGUUUAUGUUUAUAACUCGACUAUAUUUAUUUUAAUUUUUAAAUAAAUUUAAUUUAAUUUUA